UAACAUGUUAUGAGAUUUCAAGAAUAAAUUAUGAUUGAUUAAAAUGUUUAAAGUCAAAAUUUGGCAAUGAAUAAAAUCUGAAUUCUAUUUGGAGUGGUCUUAAUAUAAAAAUAUAAGAUUCACUUUUAUAUUUCAUUCGGCCUGAUUAGAUUUUAUUGUUAUACCAGAAAAGAUAAAAAUAUAGAUUAGUUUUAAUAAAAUACGAGGUUUUUAAUACAUAAUUUAUUAUGGAAUCAGUAUUGUCAUCAGACGAUAGUUGUGAUCAUGAUUUAAAAAGCUUAAAAAAUCAGUUGAUUGAAUAUGGUCUUGAUGAAGAUAAUUUAAGUAAAGAAGAAAUGAUGGAUAUACUUAAGGCACUUAAUUAUUCAAAGACAGUAGUUCAACCAGAUCAACCAUUACAAAAAGAGCAGGAGAAAAGUGCCGGCAUCACACCUCCAAAAAUGAUGACAAGACGAUAUUUAAAUGUGAUAGACAGACGCAUGCCUUGGAGUCUUAUUCCCCAUACUUUAGCGCCGGCUGAAAAAGCUAGAACUCUCGCUGUGUAUAUCAAGUUAAUGUCAAUUAAUAGUUAUCGUCAAGCAAGGCAGUCAACAAAUAUGACUGCUUGGUCUCCACCAAUCCAAAUUGUAGAAGCCACAAGAUUACAGCCACACAGAUCAACUAGAAGUGGUCGUUGUGUUCCACUUUAUGCUGACUAUGAUGAUGACUCAUCAGACUUUGACUGUGUGAUCACCAAAUCAAAGAAAAGAAGGGUAUUAAAUACUGAUCAGACAGAUUCCUGCAUUAAAAAAGGAUUAAGCUUAAAACGUAAACAAUCAAAAGAUGAAAAUAUUAGACCAGUUAAAGAACCCAAAGUCAUUCAUGAAAUACAAAAGUCUGAUGAUGAAAACAAUUUGAAAGUUGAUAUUUAUUCAUUAAUUGAUGACUGAAAAUAUUGUUUAAGAGAUUUAUUUUAUGUAAUAACUCACUUAUGCAAAUACUGAUCAUAUAUAAAUUUAAUUGUCUAUGAAAAAUACUCAUAUUGAUGUUUUCAACAUGAUUUAAAAUUUAUAUUGCUCGCCAAACAAGCAAUUAUGUAAAUAGUAUUUGCACAAAUUAUUUAUUUCUUCUAUUAAUAGUACUAGUGUAGGUGAUAUUCAAAAAUAUUAAAUAUUUAAUUUUUGUUUCAUUUAUAGAGAUAGGUAAUGUGAGAUGUGUGUGUGUUACUUUUACACUAGUCUACAAUUUUGUACACAAAUAGUUGGUUUAUUGGCUUCGCUUUUACAAUUUAUAGUUAUCAGUAAAAACUCACUGAGAUUAGUGUAGCUAGGUAGUAACAUGUUAAUAGAAUACCUGCCAUUAUUUUAAAAUGAAUAUCUUUUAAUCAAAGUGUUAAUUCGUCUAGAUUCAUUGUCCAUUGGGGUUUUUAUAGAAUACAAUAAAAAUGAUAUGUUUUGUUUACAGGUAAUGUAGAUUAAUUCUUUUAAAACUGCCCUGUGUGGUUUCAUAUGUGGGCCGUGUGUUACAGAUAAUUUUAUUAUUUUAUCAAAUGCAUUAAAUAUUGCUGUAAUCAAUGUUGAUUAUAUACAAGUGAUAGAUAAUGAAACAGAAGCGGCAGAGGAAAAAUAAUAUUCAGGCUAAAAUUUAUACAAGAUUACAAAGAGCUUCAAAUAAAGUUAAUUUUAAUACAAUGGCUGUUAUUUUGUUUGUCAUGAAACAACAAUUAUAAAUUAAAAAAAAUGGAAAAUAAGACCUGCUUUCUAAAUAAAUAUAGCACAAGAUUCGUUUAAACACGUUGAUGAAGCCCGCUUAGCUGAAACAGAAUGGAUUACGGUUUGACAUGUCAGAAAUUCAGUAUACAGUCAGAAAUAUGGUACUUCAAGAAUAGCUUUUUAUACACUUGUAUGCACUCGUAGUAUAUAUCUUUAUUAUACUUAAAUAACUUAUGUCUUAGAAUAACAGAUAAAACAAUCUAAUCAAGAUAUUAUACACGCUAAUAUAAACAAAAUGUAAUUUUAAAUUAUAAUAUAAAUAAUAUUUUUUCCAAAGUUUUUAGAUUAAUGGAAUUAGAAUUUAAAGUUUUAAAC